AUGUGCGAUCAUGGUACUAACAACUUUUUCAGGGUGGUCAUCAUGGGAGGAGGAAAUAAAGGAGAAACGUCCAGGAGGAGAAAGACUAAGGGGAAAUCUGAGGUUGUACGUGUUGACGAGGAUGAGUCAAUGGAGGAAGAGGAGGCACAUGAUUUGGGGGCCUCUCAAGAAAUCGUUAAUCGGAGACAGAUUCCUAGGCAUGUACAAGGGCAACAGGAGCAACAGGAACAAGAGCUACAGGACCCGCAUCCUAAUGACUUGCUAGAGUUGGACCCUUCCACACUUUGGUUUGAUGAUAUCCCGGUGAAGAAUGUGUUCUCCGACUCGCUAACCGGCUACUAUGUUGAGCCUUGGAGGAAUUAUGGAGAGGUUGAUGAAGAUUCGAGAGAGCACUUUUGGAACUUGUUCAACAAAAAAUUCAAGUGGGCACCUAAGUUAAACAACCAAGUGAAGGACACUUUCGAAGAAAAAAUAUAA